UGAAGACAGCAGUGAUGGGGUUCCGCACAGUAGUUUUAUUUUCCUGUUUGAUAUUUAAACUGCCUUCUGUCCUUGGGCAGUUAUGUCCAGACGGGUGGCUGGAAAGUCCAAUAAGUGAUUACUGCUUCAGCUUCAACCUCGACAGAAACGACAAAACAUGGCAAGAGGCUCGGGAGGCAUGCCAGGCAACACUUGGCGACCUAGCUUGGUAUUCUGAUGAGAAGGAACGGGGUUUUAUCACCACGACAGCGGACAGACUGACCCUCCUACACUCUAAAAGCAAAACGUGGUGGAUAGGAGUAACAAAGGUGAAAAGAGAUGGAUCGUGGCAGUGGGUGACCGGAGAGAAAGCCGUUACAAACCUCUUGGACUUGGCUACUCAGGAACCCGACAAUAGCGGGAACCAAAAUCAAAACUGUGGAGCAUUGCACGUGCAUCGAAAUAUGUCAAUCAAAACGAAAAUGAAAACUGACAAUUGCCAUGGCUCCUUUCCCUACAUCUGCAAGAGGCACAAAGCUGUGGUUGGUGGGUGUCCCGACCAGUGGCAAAACGUCGAUGACUCCUGCUUUCGACUUUUUCAUACAGAAGAAGAAUGGCAAUAUGCAAACGAUAACUGUAGACAAUACGGGGCCCAUUUAGCAACAGUUGACAGCGAAAUACAGCAACAGUUUCUAUUUGAUGCUGCACGUUUUAGUGAUAAGGCCAUCUGGAUUGGUUAUUGGGCUGGCUUAAACAAAGAGCAUAAAACCUUAUGGAUGAAAAGGAACGAAGCUCUGAAGCAUACGGACGUUCAGUACUGGGUAGAGGGAGCGCCACCUACACCAAGUUUACGCAGUGGGCAAGGCAAUUACACCUGUGUGGUGAUAGAUCCGACGACUAGAGAAUCCCGAAAGUCAUGGGCGCCUGAGAACUGCAGGGCAGAAAGACCGUACAUAUGCAGAAAACAAAAAGGUCACUGUGCGUCUGGUUGGUUACAGCACAAUCGUACAUGCUACCAAUUUGAUGAGAAUAUUAAGUUGUCUUGGUAUGACGCCGACACCUACUGCAAGUCCCAGGGCGCUGAACUAAUAUCUGUACAAAGCAAGGAUGUUCAGAAGUUUCUUACACCAUUGCUUCAGGAAUUGGGGGCAGGUGCCAGGCUGUGGCUUGGGGGAUCGGCUAACGGUUCUUGUGCCCAAGGGUGGGAGGCGCAUGCGUUCUCUUGUUACUAUUUUGCCCGUGAUGAAUCUGUCACGUGGCUCAAAGCUGAGAAAACUUGCCGGGAUAAUGGCGCUAGUCUUGUGAAGGUGGAUAAUGCUAGGGAAAUGUCGUUCAUAAGCCAAAAACUAACCACCAGUUCUUGGUUAGGUCUAAACAACAGGCACGUUGAAACUCAGUGGGUCUGGCCUGACGGGGAGAUGGCAACUUUUACAAACUGGGCGCCGAACAAACCAUCCAGUAAUGGAACCGGUUUCCACUGCGCUGCUGUCUUGACAGGCAAUGCCCUGGGACGUUGGACCAAUACUCGAUGCGACCAUACAAAAGAUUAUAUAUGUGAGAAAAUGAUAGGCCCUGCCAUCACGUCGGGAACAACAACGGCAGCAGCUCCUUUCACAUCAAAAUGUGGAUUAUUUUGGGAGGACAAUCCGUUAAGCGACUUCUGCUAUCAAUUCAACGUGGACACACUAUCCUGGGCUGAGGCACAGAGGCAAUGUGAAAUUAAUAAUGGAUACCUUGCGAGCAUUGCUAGUUUGCAUGAACAACAGUAUAUUACAGCCAGGGUGCAGUCUAUCCCCAACAUGAGGUUUUACUGGUUAGGAGGCAAUGACGCCAUGUAUGAUAAUAGCUGGGAAUGGACGGACGGCAGUCCGUUUGCAUUUUUCAAUUGGGAAGCAGGUCAGCCAUACGCCACAAAGUAUGGCCAUUGUGUGGAGAUAGAUGCAUCAAAAGGCACAUGGAGAGACGAAAAUUGCUCUCGAAGACAAGGAUAUAUUUGCAAGAAAAAAGGAGCGAGUACCAUGAUAACUGGUGCGCCGAAUACAGAACCAACAGCUACUGUAGAUCAAGGGGUUUCCCAUUGUACUGGUGACUGGACCUUGUACGCUGGAAGCUGUUUCAAAGUGUUUAAUGCAACUCGAGCGUGGCCUCGGGCUAGAGACACGUGUAGACGGGAAGGAGGCGAUCUUGCAUACAUAUCAAACGCAAAUGAGAACAAUUUGGUCACCAGCUUAGCUGGGGAAAAAGAAGGAUGGAGAGAGUUUUGGAUAGGAUUCAAUAGCCUGCGAAUCACCAACCAGUUUGAAUGGUCUGGUGGAACUGAAGUGUCAUUUACCAGUUGGAGUGCAGGCGAACCCCACGCUGGGAAAGAAGAAAAUGUGUGCGUCGGUCUUUACACAUCUGCACAAAAUGCCGGCAGAUGGAAUGCUAAUGAAUGCAUCCAGCCGUUGCCAUUUGUCUGCAGAAAACCAGCACCAAAGAUGGUGUCGCCACCUACAGUGACGUAUGAGGGAUGUCAAGGGAGCGCGACGUGGACCUAUAAAGCGUCAUGCUACGGCAUAGCAAGUACAGGAGAAACAUGGUCUGAUGCUCUGCAGAACUGUAACAAAUCAGGAGGAACAUUGUUGGAGAUAAACGAUCGUCUAGAGCAGGCGUAUAUUGGGUCACAGCUCGGUGACAGAGGUGUCAACACUGAGCACUGGAUAGGACUCAAUAAAGGUGACAAGGGAGACAGCUACUCGUGGACCUCAGGGGAACAUGUGGCAUACACCAACUGGGACCAAACACACUCAGGAAACGGAGAAUACGUCUGUGUAGCGAUAACAGUAUCCGGUAAGACAGCAGGUAAAUGGGCAGACCGAGCCUGCUCCCAGACCAAAAGCUACAUUUGUGAAUAUCCCAGAAAGGGGUACCAGCAGAAUAAAGUCGGCACAACUCCAAGACCUCCCGCCUGUCCUUUGGAACACUACUGGAGAGGAUAUGGCGAUUACUGCUACAAGAGAGUGUUUGGUCGUCAAACUUGGUUCCAAGCCCGGGAAUUAUGUAAGAAUCUUGGAGGUGACCUUGCUAGCUUUCAUAGCCAACGCCAGAUGAACGAAGCUGCGGAUGUGCCACAAUACGCGAGUGGUUACAGAGACAACUUCUGGAUCGGCCUGCACAAACCCACCAAGAACAGCAGCUAUGUUUGGACAGAUGGUUCUGCUCUAGACUAUACAAACUGGGACGAGGGAGAACCCAAUGACCAUAACGGUCUUGAGAGCUGUGUUGAACUGAACAGAGGACAGCGGGGUCUGUGGAACGAUGCCAACUGUUACACCUUGAAGCAGUGUAUUUGUCAAGUUAAGAGAGGUGAACCAGUGUAUACUUCGCUGUCUACGCCGGCUACAACAAAAGCUCCUCACUGCGGAAACGACACCAACUGGCUAAGUCACGGAGAUUAUUGCUAUUACCUGAGCCUUAGAUAUGGCAGGGGCGCCCAGUUACCCUGGCAUGACGCCAAGAUCUACUGCAUACAAAACGGUGGUGAUCUUAUCAGCAUACACAGUGUUGACGAGAACAAUUUCCUGAUUUCUCAAGCUUAUGAUUCGAGACAGUUCUGGAUUGGAUUAAAUGUUCUGGAUUUUGAAAGUUACAAGUGGAGUGAUGGGAGUGUGUUGGACUUCCUGGCCUGGGACGUGAACCAGCCAACCAACCUUUAUGGUGGUCAGAGAUGUGCCACAUUUAGCAAGCUAACUGGAAAUUGGGGAAACGAGAAUUGUGGUGAAUAUAAAAAUUAUAUAUGUAAACGGCACAAGGACACGAGAACCACAGUGGCUCCGACCCCAACUCCAGUCAUACUUGGGGGCUGUCCGACAGGAUUCCAAGGCAUUGGUAAUAAGUGCUACAUGAUUGUGGGAGACGACAUCGAUUCUAGCAAGUUAAAGGCGUGGAAUGAGUCGAUUCAUGCGUGUGCUACAUUCAGUAAGAGAUCUGUUCUUGCUAGUGUUACCAAUUCCUUGGAAACAGCGUUUCUGACAACUGUUCUUAAAGACAAAACGAUUAACUACUGGAUAGGCCUAAGCAUACAGUGGGUUGGUUACAAGCGCAGAUACAGAAGAUUUCGCUGGGCAGACAAUUCUAAAAUCGACUAUACCAAUUGGGAUUUCGGAGAGCCCAGUGGAACUUCAUACACCCCUAAGGAGGAUUGUGUGGCUGUUGCUUCUAAGGGAAACUCUAUUGGGCGAUGGCGAGAUCAUGGGUGUAAUAUAAAGAUGGGAUAUAUAUGCCAGACAUGGAAAGAUCCCAACCUCCCCACAUCACAAGCGCCCACACAAGCAGGCUCACUUUGUCCAACUGGCUACGAAUCAUUUGGAUCUGCCUGUUACCAACUGACGUCACCCAUGACGUGGGAAGAGGCCAAUGUCACGUGUGAGGGACAGCAAGACAGCCUGGUGUCCAUAUUAGACCCCCAUGAGCAAGCUUUCCUUGUUUUGAUGAUGCAUCGGAAUGAUACACAGCCUGUUUGGAUUGGGUUACACAGAAAUAGGUCAUCAUUUGAAUGGGUCGAUGGAUGGCUUGUGAAUUACGUCAACUGGAACGCGCGGGAACCUUCCCGGAACACGGGAGAUUACUGCGUACUUCUCGACACUAAUGGACGUUGGAAUGACACAGUGUGUUAUAGGAAAUUUCGAGCGAUUUGCAAGAAAACAACGGUUCGGCCGCCCACUCCGACUGUGGAAAUCCCUGGCACUUGUCCGGACGCCACCUGGCAUCCCUAUGGUUCCUAUUGCUACUUUAUGUCGAAAGGGUAUGCAAUGUGGGCAGGUGGCAUUUUCCAGUGCCACAAAAAGGGGGCGACACUGGCGUCCAUCACAGACCAAGGGGAGAUGGACUUUAUACUGCGGACCGUUAGAGAGCAGCUGCUGACGGUGGAUCUGUGGAUAGGACUAUAUAGGAAUCUUGAUGGGUCACUCCGUUGGUACGAUGGCACUCCUAUCAAUUACGAGAACUGGGGAAUAGGGCAGCCAUCUUCAGAGAAGGACAUGGACUGUGUAUAUGCCGCCAAAGGGCGCGGUGAUUGGCAGGCGGGGCGGUGCGGCCUAGCAAUAGGCUAUAUUUGUAAAGUACCCAAAGUUCUAGCAACAACACCUCUAGCUCCUGCUUGUCGAGAUGGCUGGUACCAAAGAAAUAGCAUGUGUUAUAAGGGAUUUUAUAAAUCGCGUAGAAAUACGAGGACCUGGGCUGAUGCUCGCAGUUUCUGCCAGCUUGAAGGAGGAGAUCUGGCAAGUUUUCACAGCAGUGUAGAAUUGAACUGGUACUUGGACACCCUUGGGACAUAUUUUAGAUACACACUCGGUAGAGAUAUGGUUUGGAUUGGUCUACAUGCACCAACAAAUACAACAGAUGGCGCUGAGCACAUUUGGUCUGACAGCACGGAGACCAACUUCACGAACUGGGAUGACGGCCAGCCGGACAACCAUAACGGGAUGGAGCGCUGUGUUGGGAUGUUUGCCACAACGGGGAAAUGGCGAGAUGAGAACUGUGCCAGUGCCAGAGGUUGGAUUUGCACGGUACCUCUAGGGGCAACGACGGUCUCAAAGACAACUGAAGGGACAAGUUUAGUCAUCGCUGGGGUGAUCCAGGGCGCGAGUCGUGGCGCAGUUCUCGAAAAUGGUGUCUAA